UUUAAUAACACACAUUAUAUUUACAUUGCAUAACAGUGUAAUUUGUGUGAUGAGUGAAAAUUAUUAUUCGUAACGUGUAUAUAAUCUGACAUACAUGCAUGUUAUAUUCCGUUUUUCACAGUAUGAGAAUAUGUUUUAUUAUACUUUCUUUCUAAGUUAUAUACCUAUGUGUUUUGUUGAAAUGGAAUAGUUCUAAGAUGAAUAUUCCAAGACAUUCUUAAGAAUUUCAAUCAUGAUAUCAUGUAACUUUCUGCAAUAAUUUUCACUAUAUUUUUUUUAUGAAUUUCUGAAAAAGAAUUAUAUUUCAGCAACGGAGGAAAUUCAGAAAUGCUUUAAGAAUUCAUCUAUCGUACUAUCUUGGCGUUUGCUUAUCAAACCAGAAAGAUAGUCGACUAACGAUAGAUAGGAAUCGGAAGCAAACAUGAUAAUGAUAUUCCUGCGGUUUCUUAUUUUUUCCGUUUUAUUGAAGGUCGCAUUAAAUAUAAAAAGGCGCACGUUGUUAAAAGACACAGUCUAUUACGAGUUCUUACGGUGUUAAAAGAAGAACUUAAAAAACUCACUUUGAUUCGCGUAGUUUUCGAUUAUUAAAUUUAUUUCAGUCUACGUCACUUUUUAAAUUAUUUACGUUCUAUUUAUCACGGUGAUACAUAACCUUUAUAUAAAAUAUAUCACCACGAGAGCAAGUGGAUGCGAAUCUCCUACAUAGAUGGCGGAGCAAACGGGAAAGAUCAAGGUUUGUGUGAUCGGCGGCGGGGCGGCUGGCUUGUGUGCAAUCAGACAUUUGGUGGGAAAUUCGAAAUUCGAAACGACGGCCUAUGAGCAAAUGAGCAAGAUAGGAGGUACAUGGGUUUACACGGAGCAAGUUGGGUUAGAUGAGAAUGGUUUACCGAUUCACUCCAGCAUGUAUCAGAAUCUAAGAACAAAUUUACCCGCAAAAAUUAUGAAUUUUCCGGAUUAUAUGACAAUGGAUGCGCAAGAACCCAGUUGCGUGAGCCAUCAGGAAGUUUUGAAUUAUCUGAAAAAUUACACCCAGCAAUUUGAUAUACGUCGACAUAUCCAUUUUAAUACAAGAGUGGAACACGUUCGAUUUGAACCAUCUGAAAACUCGCGUAAUCGCGAUAGAUGGCUUGUGCAAGUAAAAAAUGUAAAAACAAACGAAACGGAAAACCGAUACUUUGACGCGAUUAUGGUUUGCAAUGGACAUUAUUUCGAUCCGUACAUACCAAAUAUACCCGGCAUCGAGAGUUUCCCAGGUUUAAUAUUACACAGUCACGCGUACAGGAAACCAGAAGAGUUCUCCGGAAAAACUGUGUUAGUGUUGGGCGCAGCUUCGUCUGGUAUCGACAUAGGGAUCGACUUGUCGAAUUACACGACCCGCGUGUAUUUAAGUCACAAUCACGAUCGAUUAACAAGUCCUCUACCGUCGAACAUGACACAAGUCGCAGGCGUCGAGAGUAUAUAUGAAAAUACGUUUCACCUUAAAGACAAAUCCACCGUUGACGCCGACGUUUUUAUUUUCUGCACCGGAUACAAAUACAGUUUUCCCUUCUUGGAUGAGAAUUGUGGCAUACGAGUGGAUGAUAAUUAUGUAAUUCCGCUUUACAAACAUCUCGUCAAUAUCGAGCAUCCUACGAUGUGCAUCGUCGGAAUACCCACGUUAGUCGUACCGUUCCCAAUGUUCCACAUGCAGGUGCAAUAUUUUCUAGCUUUACUAGACGGCCAAAUAACUUUACCUGCAGAAAAUGUAAUGCUGGAAGAUUCAGCUUUAAAAACUUUGAAAAAGAGACACGCGCAUAAAUUAAUGGAUCAACAGUGGGAUUACAACGAUUCAUUGGCGAUCACUGGUGGAUUCGAACGAUUACCGCUGUUUUACAAACUUGGGUACACAGCGUUGUCGGUCCAGAGACGUACAAAUCUUUUGCGUUAUAAAGAUUCCAAAUUUAUUGUCUCUAAAGACGGAAAAAGUGUUGAGUUAACAAUACAAGAUUAACUAAAUUUCAUGUAAAUUUUAUGAUAUUGACUUUUUUUAUUAUUCUGUCGAAAUUAUGUAGUAAUGAGCUUUGAUUUGCAAAUAAAGAAUAUAUUUAACACAGC